UCCCAGAAUGCCACGGUGCAGGCUCUUCGGCGGAUGCAGUCUGGAGCUCCCGGUACUGCAGGUUCGGCUGCUGGGCGACCCUGGACCCUCUGCGCUCAUGGCUUCCCCAAGCAAGGCAGUUAUUGUUCCCGGGAACGGAGGCGGGGACGUGGCCACGCACGGCUGGUACGGCUGGGUCAAGAAGGGGCUGGAGCAGAUACCUGGUUUCCAGUGUUUGGCUAAAAACAUGCCUGACCCAAUUACAGCUCGAGAGAGCAUCUGGCUGCCCUUCAUGGAGACGGAGCUGCACUGUGAUGAGAAGACUGUCAUCAUAGGCCACAGUUCUGGGGCCAUUGCAGCCAUGAGGUAUGCAGAAACACACCAAGUAUAUGCUAUUGUGUUAGUGUCUGCAUACACCUCCGACUUGGGGGAUGAAAAUGAGCGGGCCAGUGGAUACUUCAACCGUCCCUGGCAGUGGGAGAAGAUCAAAGCCAACUGCCCUCACAUUGUGCAGUUUGGCUCCACUGAUGAUCCUUUCCUUCCCUGGAAGGAACAACAAGAAGUGGCUGAUAGGUUGGAAGCCAAAUUGUACAAAUUCAGUGACCGUGGCCACUUUCAGAACACGGAGUUUCAUGAACUGAUUAGUGUGGUAAAGUCUAUGCUGAAAGUGCCAGCAUAGACAGGAUGGGAUUUCUGCUAUUUUGCAUUCCGGUGUAGGGGUAGAGCAAUUAUCAGGUUAUUAAUAAAAAUUAUCUGUGAUCAGAUUAGUGGACACAUAAAACAGGUCAAAUUACGUUCUGAAAAAAACGCAAGUUCAAUGUUCAAACUAAGUUACAAACAGCAUUUUCAUCUUCCAGAGGAUCUAUAUCUCGCAAACUGCUAUGAACUAAAGCAGUAUUUUUCCCAUUUGAGUCAGGACAUAAGGACAGCUUAAUUACCUUUAUCUGUCCAAAGUGAAUAAGCAGAAAUGGAACCCAGGUUUCCUGAUUCCCAGUCCAGAUUAAAAUGAAGUAGAUUCGUGUAUGUUUUAAGAGUGCUACUCCUCUUUGAAAUGAACCUUUUGUUAUUUGGGGGGUAAGAAAACACGACUAAAGGCCCAGAGUGCUGGCUUAGAGCUCAAACCACUAGCUAUUUUGAGCUGGCCCAGGACAUUAAACCUAGACUAGGGCCUCCCCAUCUUUGACACCCUGCCCUGGUCCUUCAUGGAUCUGAGUCAGGGGUCAGCCAGGUCAAACAGGGACCAUAAGCCCAGCCUGGGCAUAUAUACAUGAGCAUAGCCAACCAGAUCUGUGCUAGACCAGAGUGGUGGGGAUUAGGGCAACAUGGGGAACUCAUAUCCUGUCUAAAUUGUUGCCAUGUGGGAAGGGGGCAGGGUGUUGCCAAUUUUCUGAUUUUUUCAAGGAAAAAAAUUUUAUGCAGUGGUUUUUAUAUUUAGGGACUCUAUAUAUGUUUGUAUACACAGUUCAUAUGUAUAUGAGUUGUGUCCAAUACAUGUACAUAUGGAUAAGUUGGCAACGACAGUUAAAUAAAAAAUUUACAAACACUGCAAGACACACAAAGUCCAAGCCACCCAUUUGUGACCUCUGCCAU